AUGUUUAGAAUUGAGAUAUGCUCCUUUAUCUUCAAUUAUCUUGAAUUGAAAGAUGCCCUACGUCUUGCUCUUGCUCACCGGCGACUGACUGAAAUCUUUCUCACGUUAACCGCCCACGUUAACGCCGAUUUGUCCUUCUCUGACCGACAGGCGAUCAGACGACAAAUAUUUCAGAAUGAGGAAAAUAAGGCCAUCCCAUCGCACUUCACUCACAUUUCAGUGACUCCCACUGUGGGUGGAUUAUCGCAUAUGUUCCACAAGCCACGAAGGGUUGCUCAAUUUAUUCAUAGACGGAGCGCAAAGGAGAUGAAGCUUUAUCAUCCGUACUUCUAUAGGUAUUUACUCCCUCCUAUGACAUUGCGAAGUUUCUCAUUUAGUCAUCUGCCACUGGCAUUACACCCACGUUCAGUCAUCACCCCGCCUGUUAUGGAACCCCAGAAUAUACCCAUGCCGCACGAUUUAUCACUCCUUGACAUGUUGAGCAUACUUUGUGUUCAACAUGAAACAUUGAAGAAAUUCGUUUUCUCCGCGUACGAUUCCUGUCCUAUUCCAUGGAACACAACGCCGAGCCGGGUUUGCCCCAGGGAUGUGAUCGAUGAGUGUAUACAUGCAAGGAGCGAGAUGAUUCGGGAGUGUUUUGGUCAUUUGCACGUUGAGGAAGAUCGGAAACAAACGGAUGAGGUUUCGCAUUUGGACCCGUUAAAUAGUGAGGUUGACCCAGAGCUUUCCCGCAGAUAUCAGAUCAGGGUAUGGUGUCCGGAAUGCCGAUGUUCAAGAAUGAAUCAUGACUCAUGUUGGAUGAAGGGGGGGCGCCAGAUAAAGGAUAUGCUUUUGACAUCACUGGAUUCUGAAGAAGAUCGUGAGGACUUCUUGAGGGGCUGGGAGGGUGCCAAGGGCCUGAAUUAUCCCAACCUGGAGCACCUCGAAUUCUCUGGAUGGGGGUUGUCUAACUUCCUGGCGUUGGUACGCAUUCUGGGGAUAGCCAGAUUCCCCAAAUUAAAGACUCUCAUUCUCAACGGCACAUUGAUUAUGUCGCCUUCUUUAACUGAUCCGAAGAACGCUUUGCCGCGACCUAAGCUCAAGAACGAGGGCCAAAAGGUUCCGAGCGAACCUGAAAAGCUUAUGCGGUUCAUGCAGACCAUGAGCUUUCAGUAUUCUCCUUUUGCGCGCCAUCACUCGAAGAAAGGGAAUAGUGACUACUGGAUGUCGGUGUUCAAUGGAGGUUUGUGGACUCCCGACACGUUUCCGCAGUUGCGCCGCGCCGUGAUUCGCGUAGGCAACUUUGAUGAUGCGGCCCGAUGGAUUACUCCUUUGUUCGAAAAUUGUCUGGCAUUCGCGCCUAACUUGGAAGAAAUUGAAUUUGACCAUAGUAUCGUCCAGUUUAGUAUUUUGGAGGACCCGAUCAUGAAAUUUUUCUCCAUGGUUCCGGGCGUCAUUCGCCGAAUAUCGCCGGAUGAGGGAGGCACUGUCGUCUAUCACCACAACCGUCAGAUGGGUGCGGUCUUAUUCCCGAAAUUACAGGUUGUCAAAAUUCGAUUUGUGGAUUCCCCAAUGACUCUUGUGGCAGUGGAGAAUGCCAUUUCCAAUAUACUGCAGCGGCCCAUUAGGGUGAAAACGCGGAAGGCAUUUGUACAUCUGUUCUCCGACGAUGCCCAAACUGCAGCUGACAUUAUACGGGAAUGGCCUUCGAUGCAGAAGGAACGCCUGCGAACGAUUCUGAACCAGUCGGACGAUUUGGGUAUUCGACAGCAGAUCAUAAAUGUGCUGGAAGAGGCUGAACGGGUGGAGCAGCACAACUCUAUGUUGGGCGGAAUUGAAUUUGCGAAGUCGUGCGAUUGGACGGGAGACGAUGAGGGCGACGACGCUUGUGACCGCCCGCAGUACCUGGCCUCACCGCUCUCACCUUUUUCGGAGGACACGGAAUUCCGCGAAAACGGCUUGCUCAUCCUCUCGUUCGACGGCGCCCGGCAGCAGGCUGUGCUUCCUCCGCUGAACGGAGACUUGCUGAAUUUUGGUACGCACGCCAGCAAGCUGCUUCUUAAACACUAUCGACCCUCUGACACGCUCCAGGAGAAGCUGCUGGCCAGCAUUACCUUCCAGGACUCGUCGAAUGAGGUCCAGAAUCUAUCCACAAUUUGCACGGUCGACGACAGCGGCACCCUUGGGCCGGAGGAGGAAGUGGAACGCGAACCCAACGGGAAGGACCUGGACGCGGGCCCUCGCAAGGAGCGACUGGUUGUGCGAGACUCCUGUCUGCGGCGGCUGGACAUCCAGUUGGAGUUCGCCAUCGUGUGGCAAGUGUCAGAGUCAGAAGCCAAAUUGGCUGUGGAGGAGGAGGUGGCCCGCCUGCGGAAGCACCUGCUGGGACACCCUUGGCUGCGGUCGAUUCGCCACGUGCGAGUGGGCUCAUGCACGCGGCUGACCUACGAGGGGAACAACUGGGAUUGGUGGGAGCGGUUGAUUUGCGGCGUGUACCGGCCGCGACAGCGGCGAGUGGGCGCUGAGGGGUGGGCACGGGAGAGCAAGGCGGUCAUUCCGGAGCAGGCGCUGGCCAAGUACCAGUGCCAUCACAUGACGGAACACUGA